AUGGCUGCCCAGGCGCUGUCUCUGUCUGUCAAUGACACUGCCAGCCAAUUGUCCGAAGCAUUACAGGAAGAGCUUUACAACUGGCCCGAAUCAUCAGACACGUACUUCAUCCCAAACAAUAAAGUCGACGAUUUGGUGGAUAUAGAGCAUGUGAGAGCGGUUCUCGAAGCCAUCCAUUCAAGUCUAUCAGGGCCAAGGCUUGAUGACCUGUCCCAUACCAUAUGCUCCAAAGCAAAAAAGCUCUUCGCCCUCUUGCUGAUGUCAAACAAAAUCCAAAUAUUAAUGGAACUGUUAGACGAGAGUAUUACAGAUCUGGAUCUCCCAUUCUCAAAAAUUCUUCUGGACAAAAGCAAACCAUCCAGCACCCUCUAUAGAUUGGGAAGGCGCUCCCACGAUACAACAUGCACCCACAUUGGUAAUGAUCGUCGCUGCUACGAUUACUGUUCCAUCAAGACUUUCGUCAAUCAAAGAAGCAUACGGGACAAAGCCGAAGUCCGUACUCUGUGUAGUCUCCAAUGGAGCUUAUUGGCGCCAGUAUUCAGAAACACUGGCGGUAAAAUCAAGCACUACGAUCUCCAAUACAACAUCAUUCUUCCUUAUAUUAAAGAUGAUGACGGAAGUAAGGGAAAGAUCAAAUAUGGCGGAUUCAGCCAGGUCCGGGGUGUAAAGAUUCACCCAACACAUCAGAAGUUGUUGCUGUGCCCAAAUGAUGUGAAUCCAGUCAUCGCUAUAAAAAGCCUCAACAAUCCUGACCGCACAUUAUUCAAGAGAGAGUCGGAGAUGCUCAGUGAUCUCACGUCAAGUCGGCACCCCAACUUGGUCAAUUUACUCGCAACAUACACCCAUAAAAACAAAGACCACCUUAUGUUUCCAUAUGCCGAUUGCAACCUUCGUGAGUAUUGGCAAGCGAUACCGUCCCCGCACUGGAACAAGCCAGUGGCAGUUUGGGCUAUCAAGCAAAUGCGAGGCUUGGUAGAUGCAACAUGUGUUAUCCACAAUUUUCAACCUACCCAUCCACUGGAACCUGCAUUGCCGAGUCCAGAAGUUACACAAGAAAAGCCAUUCGUAAAGCGGCUGCGAGUAACGGAAGAAAAGUAUGGAAGGCAUGGUGAUCUGAAACCAGAAAACAUACUCUGUACGAAGAACCUCGAAGAUGGCUCAAUGGAUCUGCAGAUUACAGAUCUAGGCCUUGGAAAAUUCCAUGGCCUAGAUUCGAGGUCGAUAUCUAGGCCAACGGAUGCGUCGCCAACUUAUGCUUCGCCAGAGAUCGAGCUAGACAGACCAGUCUCAAGAAUGUAUGACAUCUGGAGCAUGGGCUGUAUAUUCUUGGAACUCAUAACGUGGCUGAUGGAAGGCAGAAAAGGGCUGGAAAUCUUUCAAAAGAGAAGAUUUGAGUUUCUUAACCCCAACGUUGGAGAUGAUACUUAUUACACAAUCAAACGGACCGGAGACAGCAAACACGCAGUAUUGAGGCCAAGCGUGAGCUCUUGGAUUGCUGGCUUGAGGCAGAGCCCACGGUGCUCUGGAAUGAUAACUGAUGUACUGGACUUGGUGCAGGAAAGAAUGCUCAAGGGAGGGGCGUCUGAGAGGCUUUGUGCCCAUUGUCUGAAUGCCAAGUUUGCGUUCGUCCUCGAUCGGGCGAUGACAGACACAGGGUAUUUAUUGCAGCCUUUCAACCAGAUAUCUUGA